AUGCCCCCGGAAAACCAACCUGAACUUGAUUCCAUCUAUCAUGUUAUGCUCAUGACCUCCGAGAAGAAGGGAUUAGGUGGGAAAAGGGAUAAAAUACGCAUUAUAGGUACCUAUACAUCUUUCUCAACCUUUGAGACGAACCCGGAGGUCUUGGAAGGAUUCGGUGCAUAUGAGGGUACGGGGCUUACUGUGUAUGCCAUUGCAACGGAUGGCACGGUGUUCCGGGUCCGCAUUUCCACGUCCCCAAACGUGCUUCACUUGACGACCGAUAACGAGGAUGGCCGGAUUUCGACACCUCUAUUCUAUGUCGUCCAAACAAAUGUGCCUUACUGCAGUCAUGAGCGGAAGCCUUCCCACGACACCAACGUGGAAGGAGUAUUCCAAAGUUAUGCAGAAGCCAGAAAAUUUGCGAGCACUGUGCUGCUAUCAGAGGAGGAAGGAAUAACAGCCUCGAGCUACGAAGAUUACUGUGAGGCUAGUCCGGAUGAAAGUGACUGUGAAUAUGGCGAUAAUGUCAUUGUGCAUGCAGUUGGCAAAAACGACGAGAAUUACUUUGUCAGUGUCAUUGUGUGCCAGGAGUUAGAGAGUGUCAAGCUGGCUGAGGCUUCUUUCAGAUUGGGUUAG